GAGAUCGAUAUUCUGGAUGCUUCUCUUUCUAAAAUAAAAUCCUUCCUCUCCCCUCCUCUAUCGCUCCCGUCUCUCAAAUAUUCUCUCUCUGUGUUCAAGCAUUAUUCUUAUCAGUCUCUAGCUACCUAAUCAUGUCUUGCUACAAAGGAAAAUAUUCUGAUGAGCUCAUUGCCAAUGCUGCUUACAUUGGUACCCCUGGGAAAGGUAUUCUUGCUGCUGAUGAGUCAACUGGAACAAUUGGCAAACGCUUAUCCAGCAUCAAUGUUGAGAAUGUCGAGGCAAACAGGCAGGCACUUCGUGAGCUCCUCUUCUGCACUCCUGGGGCUCUUCAAUACCUCAGUGGAGUGAUUCUCUUUGAGGAAACCCUCUAUCAGAAGACUGCUGCAGGCAAGCCCUUUGUUGAGGUACUAAAGGAAGGUGGUGUCCUCCCCGGUAUCAAGGUUGACAAGGGUACUGUUGAGCUUGCAGGCACUAAUGGUGAGACCACCACCCAGGGUCUAGAUGGCCUUGCCCAGCGAUGCCAGCAGUACUAUGCAGCUGGUGCUAGGUUUGCCAAAUGGCGUGCUGUGCUUAAAAUUGGCCUCACUGAGCCAUCUCAGCUUGCUAUCAAUGAAAAUGCCAAUGGGUUAGCCCGUUAUGCCAUCAUCUGCCAGGAGAAUGGCCUGGUCCCCAUUGUUGAGCCUGAGAUCUUGGUUGAUGGCUCCCACAGCAUUGACAAGUGUGCUGAUGUCACAGAACGUGUUCUUGCUGCAGUCUACAAGGCACUCAACGACCACCAUGUGCUACUCGAAGGAACUCUGUUGAAGCCCAACAUGGUGACUCCUGGAUCGGAUGCUCCCAAGGUUGCACCAGAGGUUGUGGCUGAGCACACAGUUCGGGCCCUGCAGAGGACCGUGCCUCCUGCAGUUCCUGCUAUUGUGUUUUUGUCUGGUGGUCAGAGUGAGGAAGAGGCUACUCUCAAUCUUAACGCCAUGAACAAACUCAAGACGAAGAAGCCCUGGACUCUAACCUUCUCCUUUGGACGUGCUCUUCAGCAGAGCACCCUUAAAGCUUGGGCAGGAAAGGAGGAAAAUGUGAAGAAGGCUCAGGCUGUAUUCCUGGCCAGGUGCAAGGCCAACUCGGAGGCAACCCUUGGAACUUACCAGGGUGGCGGUGCCCUGAGCGAGGGUGCAUCAGAGAGCCUCCACGUGAAGGACUACAAGUACUAAUCAAGUUAAGGUUUUGCUUGUUAGUGAUUUAGGUUUUUGCUAGUAUAUUGCGGUAUGGCUACAAUGUGUGUUUACUAUCAGGCAUAGGAGUUUGUAGACUUGUGGUUGAGACUUGUGGUUGACUAAAGUUUGAGGAACAUUUUAUGUUUUUGUUAUUUCUAGAAAAUAUUAAUGUUACCUUUGAGCAUUUCCGAAAAA